GAUUUCCCAAUCAUCUUGGAAUGGUCUUUGAUUUUUUGUUAUUUUCCCAAUAGUCGGAUCAAAGUGCUUUUCUUUUAAUCCAGUUGCAGAUUAGAUUAACAGCUUAAAAAUUGCAUAAAUUCGUUGCAUAUACAUAUAUUAUGGAGAAUUUGAAGACGAUGUUAAAAUCAUACGAAAAAUGGGUGGCUGCGAACCCAGAAACAGUCUGCGACGUUGAGACUACCACAAAAUGGAUAUCUUAUUUCAUUGCUGGGCGUAUUUCGGAUUCAAACGUGGUUUCCGAGCUCGUGUAUACUUUAUCCAAUAUACUGGUACUGUAUAAUGACCGUAUCAUCGACAAAUCGCAACAAAGCAAAUUGAUAUCCGAUUUGCAACCUGUGAACCUCGAAGCAAGUACUAGUGCCUUUGCGCAACGCAACAACAAAAAGGCAAAGUAUAUUUACCGACUAAAGGUCAUGCUGACCACAUUGGAAUAUUGUGAAGUUUUCAUCGAAAUAUCGGCUAAACGAAUUUUCGGGAAUAAAGGCAAAUGGUUAUUCAUUACGUUGGUGCAAUUUGCUAAAGCGGCAGGCCGUUUCUACAUACUAAAACAUUCGACACAAAAAAUUAUCACAACACCUACACUCCCCGCACUUAAUCGACGUGCAAUUAUAAAGAAACAAAAGAAUGCGCUGAAAAAUGGUUUAAUAAUUGAAGAGUCGAUCGAAAAAAAUGGAAAAUUGAACUCAAAUGGAUUUGGCGAAAGCAGUUCUAUAUUCCAAUUGAAACGUUCCGGACGUGUGAUACGUAAAGUAGAAGGAGCGCCACCAAUACAAUAUCGCGAUUUCAAAUUGGCAGAGGAGCAAAAAUUAGAAAAUGGUAGCAAUUCGGUGAAUUUCCGUUUGGUACAAGCAGAAUAUCUGUAUAUAGCCAAGCCGUUAAUACACUUAGCCACAAUGGGUUUGUUUGGUGAAAAACGUUGGAAACAAUAUGUCGUUUCACUGGCAUUGGAUUUGGCCAGCAUACGUAUGUAUCACCAGCAUCGACAACAGAUGAGCAAAGAACAGAAAUUGGAGCUAUCACGUCGUUGCAUCAACUUAGUGCUAUAUUUGGUGCGUUCACCUUUUUAUGAACGUAUCACACAAUCACGCCUGGAUCGAAUGCUAGGCUUUGUGGCCGACAAUGUGCCACUGAUUAAAAUGAUUGCAGGACCAUUACGUGAAUAUUUGCCCUACUGGCAGGGCACUUAUUUCUACUUAUGGUCAACGUAAAAAUUAUAUAUAUUGGAUAUAUUUUCGAUUUAUGUCUUACAAACCUAGUAUUGACUUAAAAUGCAUAUAUUUUAUUUAAACGUGGAGAGUAUUUAGUUAGGGAACGAUCAUAAAUGCUAUUAUGUAGUAGUUAAGAAAUAAAGCUAAUCCUUUUGUAAAAGCAACGUA